AACAGCUGUUUUAUUAUUCAAGCGAGCAUGCAACGCACAGACGUGAAUAAUUCUUUACGUCUACAAAAACAUUAAAUAAAACAGGAAAAUAACAACGAAAUGUUUCAGCCUUCUAAGCAGCAGAUACUACGCCUGUACAAGCAUCUAAUACGUUACGGUAAUCAAUUGCAACUGACAGACAAAAACUACUUCUUGGGUCGCAUACGACGCGAAUUCAAGGAGGGUCGUGGCAUAAGCGACCCAGUGCAGAUCGAGUUCAAUUUCAAGCGCGGCGAAACGCUUUUGCGUAAGGGACGCAUUCUGUAGAUUAGGUAGAUUAGAGU